CGCUCCGCCUCAUUAUUAUUCGUCAUUAGUCAUUACUUUCCCUCUUCUAUUUUCCCAACACCCCGCCGAAGCCUUCACAAUCCCGACUCCCAGUCCCUCCCUCCUCCCCCGUCUCGAUCCGACCGCCGACCGACCACCCCAAAAAAAAAAAAAAAAAAAAAAAAAGGAAGAAAACCCUAACGCGCGGCGUGGGCGUGGGCGUCGGCGUCAGUGUGAUGGGAUUGCGGCGGGAUCGCGCGAGCUGAGGAUGCGGCGGGAGAGUGCCUUGUUUGAGACGCCGGGGCCCCUCCUCUUCCUCCCCUUGCUCCUCAUCCAGGGGGGCGGCAUGGAUCUCUCCAGGGUCGGCGAGAAGCUCCUCAGCUCCGUGCGCUCCGCCAGAUCCCUCGGCCUCCUCCCCUCUCCCUCCGAUCGCCCCGAGGUUCCGGCUCGGGCGGCGGCUGCUGCUGCUGUUGCUCGUGCUCUUGCCGGACUGCCUCCGCAUCAAAGAAUCAGCCUCCCGUCAAGUUCUGACGAGCUGGUUUCCAUUUACGGAAGCUACCCUCAAGAUCAAACUAUUGAGGAACUUGAGGAAGACUUCUACGAGGAGGUUUUUGAUCCAGUUAGGUACAUUCUGGAUAAUAUUCCGUCCGAAGAGGAUGAUGUUGCCUACCUCGAUAAGCAGUCUACUCUUAGAUUAGCACAGCUUGAUAAGAUCGCUGAACGGCUAUCACGCCAUGUUAUGGAGCACCACGAAGAAAUGGUGAAGGGGAUGCAAUUAGUGAUGGAGCUAGAACAAGAUCUGAAGGUUGCCAAUGUCAUCUGCAUGAAUGGAAGAAGACACAUAGCCUCGUCAAAGUAUGAGGUUUCGAGGGAUCUUGUUGUGAACACAAAAUCGAAAAAGAAACGAGCUUUACUGGACAUGCUUCCAAUUCUUACCGAACUUCGCCAUGCAUUAGACAUGCAGAUGGAACUCGAAUCUCUUGUUGAGAGCGGAAACUACUACCGUGCAUUUCAAUUAUUGCCUGAGUAUUUGCAAGUUUUGGAUAAUUAUUCAGAGCUAUCUGCUGUCCAAGAGAUGGGCCGUGGUGUAGAGGCAUGGCUAGUGAGGACAAUUCAAAAGCUGGAUUCACAUUUAUUAGGAGUUUGUCAGACAUUCAAGGAGGAAAGCUACAUAACCGCAGUUGAUGCAUAUGCAUUAAUGGGAGACAUUGGUGGUAUGGCUGAAAAGAUACAAAGUUUCUUUCUGCAAGAAGUACUCUCUCAGACACACCUCGUGCUGAAAGACAUGGUGCAAGAGGAAACUGGAAAUAGCUUGCAGAUAAACAGACUUACAUACAGUGACCUCUGUGUUCAAAUCCAUGAAUCCAAAUUCCGGCAGUGUUUGUUGAAAACCUUAGAGGCAUUAUUUAAGCUGAUGUGCUCAUAUUAUUCUAUAAUGAGUUUUCAGCCAGAAGAAAUGGAUUUUGAGUCCGAGACAUCAAAUACUGAGCUGAAGCAAAAUACUGUAUCUCAUAAUUCAGAAGGAACUUUAGUUGGUUCAGGUGCAGGGGUUUUUAGCGAUUCGGGCGUGCAAAAUGGAUUUAUUUGUGAAUCGGUGGUCACCAAUGACAAAUUUGAUGAGUCAAGUAGUAAGGGAAUAACACCUCUAAAGUCUUCUUCAUUACAUACUGAAGCAAGUGCUUUUAACACUAUGGAAUCAAGCAGUGAUUCUCCGUUUUAUCAGUUGAGAAAAGAGGCCACUGCAUUUGUUGCACACGCGCUCGAAAGAGGUCGAAGAAAUCUUUGGCAACUCAGUACUAGUCGUGUAACUGUUUUGCUGUCUUGUUCUGCUGUUUGCUCAACUAGUACUCACCAGUUUUUAAGAAACUGUGAAGACCUCAAUAUAUUUAUUUUGGCUGGCGAAGCAUUUUGUGGAGUGGAAGCUGUUGAGUUCAGGCAGAAGUUGAAAAUCGUUUGCGAGAACUAUAUAGUGACUUUUCACCGUCAAAAUGUAUAUGCUCUCAAGAUGGUCCUGGAAAAGGAAUCUUGGGUGAAAAUGUCAGCUGAGGCACCUCAAGUAAUCAGUUUGGCUGGCCUCACUGGUGAUGGUGCUCCAUUAGUUGUUUCUUCUCUUGGUAGUACAUCUGCCAUGUCGCCUAGCUAUAGGAGAAAUUAUGACGAUAGUGGAAAGCGGAAGAAUGGGUUUGCAUAUUGGCUUAAGACUGAAAACCCUUUCUCUUCAAAGCUGGAAUAUGGCUUGAAGGAAUCGCCAAAGGGUCGCCUAUCAGUCAAUGGGUCGGAUGGCCCAAUAUUAGAUGGUGGCAUGCAAAAUAAUAGGACACCUGAACAAGUUCAUUCCCCUAAUCGUGGAUAUGGAAGUAGUUCUAUUUUGGAAGAUGAAAAUGAAGAUCUUCUUGCUGAUUUCAUUGAUGAAGAUAGUCAGUUGCCCAGUAGAAUAUCAAAACCCAGAGUUGUGAGAAGCAAUUCUGCACAUUGGAAUGAUGAAGAGAUUUCAGCCCAGACAGGGUCUUCACUUUGUCUAUUAAGGUUGAUGGACAAAUAUGCUAGGCUGAUGCAGAAAUUGGAUAUCGUCAAUGUUGAGCUUUUCAAGGGCAUCUACCAGCUAUUUGGCAUAUUUUAUCACUACAUCUUUGAGACAUUUGGGCAGCACGACAGAAACCAGAAUGGCAAGUACUUAUCAGAUAAUUUAUCCUAUCGGUUGAAAACUGCUUUGUCAAAAAUUACGCAAGAUUGUGAUCAAUGGAUCAGACCUCAAAGUGCGUCUUCUUUAAUCUCAUCACCUUUGUCGCUGAAUUCAACUUUAACUCAAAUGGAUAUAAUGCCUACUGUGCCACCCAGCACAUUAUUCAGCCAUGUGCCGAAUACCUCGUUUGGUUUAAAGGAAAGAUGUGCAGCGACUGAAACAAUAUCGUUAGUUUCGCGAGUAUUGAAUAGAUCUAAACCUCACCUACAGUCAAUGUUGUCACAAAAUAAUUCUGCCAUACUUGAAGAUUUCUUCCGAAAUUUGGUGGAUUCUGUUCCAGAUCUGAUUGAGCAUAUUAAUAGGACAAGUGCACGUGCUCUACUACAUAUCAAUGGGUAUGCAGAUAAGAUUGCCGGUGCCAAAUGGGAGGUGAAAGAGCUUGGCUUGGAACACAAUGGAUAUGUUGACUUACUGUUGGGAGAAUUCAAGCAUUACAAAACAAGGUUGGUUCACGGGGGAAUCCCUAAUGAGGUUCAAGACCUCCUUCUGGAAUAUGGACUUGAAAAUAUUGCGGAAGUCCUUAUAGAAGGCCUAUCACGAGUAAAGAGAUGCACCGAUGAAGGACGAGUAUUAAUGUCGCUGGACCUUCAGGUGCUAAUUAAUGGGCUGCAGCAUUUUGUCUCCGUGAAUGUGAAGCCAAAGCUGCAAAUUGUCGAAACCUUCAUCAAGGCCUACUAUCUCCCAGAGACCGAAUAUGUUCACUGGGCACGCGCUCAUCCUGAGUACACUAAGAGCCAAAUCGUUGGGCUAGUAAACCUGGUAGCAAAUAUGAAAGGGUGGAAAAGGAAGACGAGGUUGGAAGUUCUGGAGAGGAUUGAAACGGGAUCGUAGAUGACGGCCUGCAAUUUUCCUCUUUUUUCCUUUUUUUCCCCCUUGCGGCAUGUAGAGUUGUAAUUUCAUUCUUUUGCACUUCUUUUUCUGCUGUAUUAUAGUUACGUAUAGUCCCUGUCCCUUUCAUCCGGGUUGUAUAUCUCUUUGGACUGCUAACAUUGUAUCAUAUCAUCUAGGAAGAACCAGGUUUAUCCGAAAUGGAUCGACUCAGAUGAUAAUAUAGAUAACUUGUUCCCUGUGAAGCGGGGGAGAUGCUCGAGCGAGAGAUCGUAUCGAAAUAGAUGGAAAAGAAGAAAAGUGAAUUGAGAUGUAAUUGAAUAAACUACCGGCGAAGUGUCUACACUUCCAAUUUGAUAUGAGAAUGUGAGGUACUGUUGCCUGCUUCUGCUUCUGGUUGGAGACA